GACGACGACCGCGAUCACAGUGCCGCCGGACGCGCAGACCGCCGGGCGAUACGAGCGAAGCAUCACAGCCCCGCCGCGCGAUAUACGCACGUCGCCCGCGAUCGGUACAGAACAGCACUCUCGUACGGCGUUCACGUUCACCGCUCGCGUCACGUGCUCCGACGGCGACACACUAUUGUAAUAACAAUAUAAUAGUUAAAAACAUAUAACAACAAUAAUACAUAAAAAAAAAAUAAAAAAAUAAAAAAAACCAAUAAUUAUAACUAUUACGGGUUAUCGUCCGUCGACGUUCGCCAGCCUUCGCGGUCCCCGGACGGACAUCGAUCGUUUUUAACAUUUUUUGGUUUUCCUUCGGUUCCGAUUUAUUCGCGCCGCCCGAACCGGCGGUCCCUUCCACGGCGAUAAUAUGAAAAUAUGUCACCGUUCGCGUCCCGGAAGUGUACGGUAAUGGGUUACGGGUAGUGACGAAUAGUAUUUUCGAAAAAUCACACGAGUGCAUUACGGUGCGCACAGGUACCGCGGUACGCGAGCGGGUGUCCUUAAACGCGCGCCGCAUCGCCGAAGCGCGAUAAUAUAAUAUAUAAUAUAUAGCCGCACGCAGGCGUUUACCGGCCGAUUCUCUCGCCGCCGCCACCCCGGAAACGUAUAUUGUUGUCGUCGUCGCGUACACCGUCGCUAACGGUCGCCUACUCGCUGUUCCGUCGCAAAUGGUAUGAUGACCAUGAUGUACGGAUCGGAAAAGAUGAUGGCCGGCAAACCGCCGUUGCCGAUCACCGCCACUGGACCGUGUUUUCCCGGCCGGUACUCACCGACGUACCGGAAUUCCGCGGAUCCGAUGCGCAGAUGCAUGGCCAACCCGUCGAGCCGGAUUCUGGAGGAUGCAUCCUCAUUCAUGUGCAACACUUGGUCUCCACGGCACAAUGGUGACUUGUUUGGUGGUCUCAAUGACGGUCUGCUUAGUAGAGCUGAAGUGCUCGCUGCAGUGGACAUGGGCAAACACCACCACCAUCAUAAUCAUCAAUCACCGGGACCCGGUAACGGCAAUGGUGGUGGCCAAGGCAAUGGAUCACUGGGGCCUGGAUCCACUGGAUCACCUGGACCACUCACUCAGCUCAAGCACGACGUAAUGUCGUCAUACCACCACCAUCACGGAAUGGCCGGUGGGCAUUCAGGUAGCCAAACAAAUCAUCGGGGUCACCAGAUGCAUCCCGGAAUGGACGGUCUUGACCUCCUAGAACCAAUAUCGUCGUCGACGAUGACUACACUGACCCCAAUGUCAGACGGGUCCGGCCACGGUCCGCUGCACCCCAGCGUGUACGGUGCGGGCAUGAUGAGUGGCCACCAUCACCAUCAUCCACACUCGGGCGCCGGGCCGAAUGGGCACCCGCAUCAUCAUCAUCAUCAUCACCACCAUCACGCGGCGGCUGCGGCCGCGGCCGCGGCAGCCGGCAUGAUCAGUGCGGGUGGCGGCACCGGGCUGCAACACCCGGAUACGGACACGGACCCACGAGAGCUAGAGGCCUUCGCGGAGCGCUUUAAGCAGCGACGGAUCAAGCUGGGCGUGACGCAGGCAGACGUGGGCAAGGCGCUGGCCAACCUCAAACUACCGGGCGUUGGCGCGCUGUCCCAGAGCACCAUAUGCCGGUUCGAGUCACUGACGCUGUCGCACAACAACAUGAUCGCGCUGAAGCCCAUAUUGCAGGCGUGGCUAGAGGAGGCGGAGGCGCAGGCGAAGAACAAACGCCGGGACCCGGAUGCGCCAAGCGUUCUGCCGGCCGGUGAGAAGAAACGAAAACGCACUUCCAUCGCGGCGCCCGAAAAACGGUCGCUAGAGGCGUACUUCGCGGUGCAGCCGAGGCCGUCGGGCGAGAAGAUCGCGGCCAUUGCGGAGAAAUUGGAUCUGAAGAAGAACGUGGUCAGGGUGUGGUUCUGCAACCAGAGGCAAAAGCAAAAGCGUAUGAAGUUCGCGGCCCAACAUUGACGGAAUGACGUCGUAAUGGCCGCGAUACAAUGAUAAUCCCUUCCUAAACGUGCUCAUUUCAUUUGCGAGAAAAAAAAAAUAAUAAAAAAAAUAAAUAAAAAACAGUUUUCAAUAUAAUAUUUCAAAUAGCCACUCCCUAAUCGCGCUGUAUGCAGCACACACAACACGAUAUCAAUAUUAUUAUGUACAGUUUCGGAUUAUCAACAUGAUCCUUUAUCUCUCUACCACUUUCCCUCUAUAUUUCUCCACAUACACAUGCUUUCAGUGGUGCUUAUAUAUUCAAUGGGUUUUGAUCUUCUCCUGUCCUCCCUUCAUCACCACUAUUACGUGAUGAACUGUCCACCAACUGUAGUUUCAUAGAUAGUAUUAUGGUAAAUUAUUAUACUAUACGUCUAGUAAAUCUAAUGUACAGAUUUAGAUCAGCUUCUCGAACUAUGCACAAGUAUGAAUGCCCCUUAUUAUGUUCCUAAAGAUACCACAAUAAUAUAAUACAUAAAACGUAUGCGCGUGAUGUUCACUUACAGGCAAUGAUAAUUUAAUAUUAUGACAGUUUGUAUAUUGUAACAAGUCGAUAAGAUCCCACCAACGCAUUCGUUGCGGGAGCACGCGCAGCCCUAACGUCGUUUUAAUAAAAUGUAAUGUCUUGGAUGUGAAAAAGGAGAAGGCACCUUUCGCCUAGUUGAAAAUAUUUUUGCACGUGACCAAGUUACACGGUAAUGAAAACGGCUGGUCGUGUAAGACGAACACGAAACAUAGGAAACGAAUAAAAUUGAAAACCGUUCGUAUAGAAGAAAUAAAAUGCAUAUAAAAAAUACAUUAUAUGUACAACCAUCGUGUACAUAUUAGCUCCGUUGUUAUCGUCUCAGGUAUAAAUUACCGAACGAUGCAGUGUAUGUUGAAACACAUUCCUUCCCAGUAGUGGCGACAGGAUUCUUUUUUAGAUAGAGCCAAUAAAUGGCCAACGAUUAUAAGGUAGGACAAAAAAAUUAAUAUGAGCUAAUUAAUAUAUUUUAUAAUUUUAAAUGAUUAUAUCACUAUACUAAUAAUAUACAAAAACUACUUAAAAAUAAUUCUAUUUAUGAAAAAUUACUAUAUUAUUAUGUAUAAGAUUAGAUCAGGCAUUUUCAGGUAAGGUCAAUGGCCCUACCUGGCCUGUUUUUGACGCCGCUACUAUCCUGUUGCCAGUACACACUCUCCUGUGGUUAUACUUUUAUCGAAUAAAUUAACAGAAUUACUUCAGAAACAAAUAUUGUAAUAAUAAGUUAGUGUUUAUAACUUUGUAUAAAUAUGUUAAAUAUGUACCCGCUUUGUCAUAAAGUAUUUCUGAAUACGAUUUAGAAUAAAAAAAACCCGAGACGUGCUUCAAUUUAAAAUUAAAAUAAUGAUUCUUUUGUAUUGCAAUUACAAAAAUAUGAUGAGAUCUAGUAGAAAUAGUAAAGUAUUUGCGUUUAAACUACAUUUUCAACAGUAGUUCGUAAUAACUAUGUCAACGUAAUUCAAGUUUUGGUUUUGUCUAUGAUAUAAUACUAAAAUUACGAUUGACAUAUCGAGACUAUUUUAUUAUUUUUAUUUUAACUGUACGGUUUGAGUUAAAGCAACAUUCUCUAUUUUCGGAAACUUACUGUCCAUGUAAGCUUUUUGAAUAUUCUAAGUUUAACGGUAAAAAAUCAAAUUAAAACUAUACAAUUUAUUUAUUUUACAAAAUAUUUACAAAUCUAUUAAAGAUAAAUAAUAAAUUAAUAUUAUGAAAAAUUACCAAGUAGCGCCUAACAUGAUGUCCAUCCUAAUAAUUAGCCCGUAUACUUACAAUUAUCUUGGUUACAAAUUGUAAAAUGUAAAGCCAGUUUAAAUGAUAUUUAUUUGAAUUAAACAACUCAUUGUACUGAUUCUU